AUGGGGUAUCUAUCUAAGUCUGUUAAUAUCUACUCAGUUAACAUCUAUCUAUCUAUCUAUCUAUCUAUCUAUCUAUCUAUCUAUCUAUCUAUCUAUCUCAGUCUGUUAAUAUCUAUCUAUAUCCGCUCUCUCUGGAUCAGCACCGCCUCGCCUGUCUACUAUCUGCUUCACGACCGAGUAGUGGCGCCUGACUCAACGCAGUACCCUCUUCAUCUACCGCAUGACGAUAUCUAUCUAUCUAUCUAUCUAUCUAUCUAUCUAUCUCAGUCUGUUCUUAUCUAUCUAUCUAUCUAUCUAUCUAUCUAUCUAUCUAUCUAUCUAUCUAUCUAUCUAUCUACCUCAUUCUGUCCAUAUCUAUCUACCUAUCUCGGUUUGUUUCUAUCUAUCUAUCUAUCUCAUUCUAUGCAUAUCUAUCUAUCUAUCUAUCUAUCUAUCUAUCUAUCUAUCUAUCUACAUUCAUUCUUUUCUCCUUUUGAAUCUUAUUACAGCCCUUGA